CCCUAGAAAAAGCCACACGGCCACACGGGAGGAACAAGUCCAUCGAAGCACACGUCUCCACUCUCCAGCUAGUCGGGCGCGGGGUCUCCGUUCCGCCGCUGUUGUUCGACCAGGCCACCGGCGGCGGCGCGCGCGUUGUAUCCGGCGAUGUCGGCGCAGGCGGGGGCAGGGACGUAUUCCCCGGCGGCUGCGGCGGGGGGCAAGCGGCGGGAGAAGAGGGAGGAGCUGCGGCGCCUCCUCGCCGAGGAUGCCGACUGGCCCCGCGCCGACGGACGCUCCUUCCACGACUGCCGGCCAGCGUUUAUGCAAACAGGGCUAACUACGGCUGCAUCAGGGUCUGCUUAUGCGGAGUUUGGGAAGACAAAGGUCAUUGUAUCAGUGUUUGGGCCAAGAGAAAGUAAGAAAGCAAUGAUGUACAGCGAUGUUGGUAGGCUCAAUUGCAACGUGAGCUAUACAACAUUUGCCACUCCAGUGCGUGGACAGGGAGCAGACAACAAAGAGUACUCAUCAAUGCUUCGUAAAGCUUUGGAAGGCGCUGUAAUGUUACACACUUUUCCAAAGACUACUGUUGAUGUUUUUGCCUUGGUUCUUGAGUCUGGUGGCAGUGAUCUGCCCAUCAUUAUAUCAUGUGCUAGUCUUGCACUGGCAGAUGCUGGAAUAAUGAUGUGUGACCUUGUUACAUCUGUAUCCGUGUCCUGUUUCGGAAAGAACAUCGUCAUCGAUCCAACCUCAGAUGAGGAAGCAUGGCAAGAUGGAAGCCUCAUGGUAGCUUUCAUGCUAGCCCGCAAGGAGAUAACCCAACUCACACUCACUAGAGAGUGGAGUGAUGGAAAAAUCACCAAUGUAUACGCUACCUACUGCACUAACAUAGGUAGUAUAUCUGUUGCAAUUGGUAACAUUUUGUUAUGUUCAUCAACAGGCGGUAGAGCUUUGCAUGGAUGCUUGCAGUAAGCUUGGUGACAUACUGCGUGACCGCUUGAAGGGUACUGCCACCUUGACGAGCGAAUGACAUUGCUGAGGCAACACUUGCAACAACUAUCCUUAGCUGUACAAAAAAUCUGUAGGCAAGGGAGGCUGAUAGUCCUGAUGUUUGAGUGGGCAUAUAUGGUUAUAGUGAUUGAUUUAUUAUUUCUGUCAUGGAAGAAGUUUUCCGUCGUGUAAUGUACUCUUGACUUCUAACCUUGGGUCAUGAAUCUUCUAUACGUUUUCUCUGUACUGUAAAAUUGUUGCUCUACUAUGUAUGGAUUCUUAAGAUCGUGACAUUUAUUUUAGGCUUGAGGGCAAAAUCUUUUUUUUUUCAAUGCAGUUUUAGUAUAUUUUGGA